AGUCCGGCGGUGCCUGGGAUUGGGUGGAGGGAGUGGUGGCUGCGGACGGAGUCACAGGAUUGGUAGAGUUCAGCGCCAAACUUGUUGACUCAUAGCUGAGCAGCUCCUCUCCAUCCUUCACGGCGCGGAGCUGUCCAGGGCCAGUGGUGCUGAAACUGCUUCCGACGCGCCGUUGGAGUAUUUUUUUCUCCCCCGGUUUAAUUGCGCUCACCGAACCUUUGAAAGUUACAUGUGCUUUGGUUUAUUAAGCGUCACUUGACGGAUAUACAUCCACCUUCGCCGCUCCAUCCAAGAGCGCAUCAAAGCCUCCAACUUCUUAGCAGAUCAAAUAGAGGACUCUCGGACGCGCAGCCAUGGCUUUCAUGGUGAAACACAUGGUUGGGGGACAGCUGAAGAACCUGACAGGCGGACUGACGGAGGAGAAACCCGAAGCUGAGAAAUCAGACGCCGCCGCGCAGGGGAUGACUCAAGAGGAAUUUGAGCAAUAUCAGCAACAGUUAGAGGAAGAAAAACAAGAACGAGAAGCCAGUUUUGCCCAGAAGAAAGCUGAGAGAGCCACAGUUAGAAGUCAUUUCCGGGAAAAGUACAGACUACCAAAGAACGAGGUAGAUGAGACCCAGAUCCAGCAGGCGGGGGACGAUGUGGUGUUGCCCACGGAGCUGGCCAAGAUGAUCGCUGAGGACAACCAGGAGGAAACGCACAAGCAGUCGGUGCUGGGCCAGCUGUCCAACAUCCAAAACGUGGACAUCGACCAGCUGAAAGACAAAGCCCAGGCCACACUGGAAGACCUCAAAAAGCAGACGGAGAAUUGCAGUCUCAUGUGAUCUGGCCAACUCCAAGUCCCAGGAGAUUAGAGUUUUACUUGUGCAAAUAUUUUUCAAAGGCAGAGCUGCUCUGGAGGUAGACAUAUUCAUAUGCUUUAGUGGAAUGUCAGCUGGCAUAGCCACAUAAUAACAGUUUUUCUAGCCGUGCAAAGUUAGAAAAGAAAGUAGCCGAUGUUAUGAAAUCUGGGGCUUGUUUUACUAACUGCUGAAAAAGAAUCCCAGCCAUAGUGUCAUAGAGGUGCAGCUAGUUUAGGUAACUCUUUAGAUAUCCAAAAAGUCAUGAAUGUCAUCCAUAUUUUUAUUAAAAUGAGCUACCUUGCACUCUUGAAAGACUUAUUUGGCUCUCUCUGUUGAGAUUUAACCCAUAAGAUUAUUUCUGCCUUUAGAGCAACUUCUCCUCUGAGAAAUAUUCAGCUGUUAAAUCCUUUACUCCCCUCAUCCCUAUAACCCUCCUCACAGUCCGUACCUCACGUGACCAGUGAUAGCACAAUAGGAUUCGGCAGCAGAGGGUUCAGGAGUGUGCGUGUGCGGGUUUUCAUUGCUUCCAAACACACAGCAGAUGAUCUCACAUACACCUCUGACGAGAGGAGGAUCGCUGAGAUCAGCUGCUUGGUGGAAAUGAAAACACACAUGCACAAGGUGAACAUUGGCUCAUGUGAGGAAGCCAUAUGUGUGUUAUGUUGAAUUUGGGGAAUUUUAAAUGGGGAAUAUUCAUUUAGAGCAUUGAAUGAGGCAGAUUUUUGUCUUAAGUAGCUUACUAAUGUUGGCCCUUUGGUGCCCUGAUGAAAGCUCCCAGUGAGCUGCGUUAAUCUUAGCUUAAUCUUUACCUAGACAUAUCAUUAGAAAGAUUUUUUUUUGGCUUUUAUCGUACUUCAGUGUGCCUUGGACGUCCGUACAAGGUUGUCUUCUCUGGAGCUCCAACAUCUGUAAGCUACUUUUUACGAAGACAGGCCUUCUUGUUGUUGUUUUUUUCUGCAGGAGAUUGCUUACUUUUAGUUUUAUUAAAAGCAACAAAUACAGUGUGAGCAGGCAGAAAUUAUGUCUUAGAUUUGCUGCGUUUUGUAUGUUGUAAGAAUUUACAGUUAAAGUGUGUGCAAUAUCCGUGCUCCCAAACUGAACCUAGCAUCAACCACAUAGGGUGCAAAUAAAUCUGUGUUUGUGCUGCAUCCAGAGGUUAAAAAACUAAAGCUGCUCAGAUGAGAGAAAUGUAAAUGCUUUAGAAGUCGUAUGCCAAAGCCUUUGUUGAAAACACAACAGAAAGGAAAUGGCACAAACAUGUCAAACUGUGUAACUGUGGUGUGAAUAUAAAUCCACAUAUUCAUGUCGUGUAAGAUGUAAAUGUAUCUGCGGGUCAUUCUUCGCUCUGUUUUCAUCGACUCACUGGGUCUCAUUGUGUCGUCACAUGACCUUUGACCUGUCCUCCAUUUCAUCGAGCCCUGCGUCUCAGUGGUGCCGUUCUGUGCUGGUGGACUCGUGUUGUUUAGCCGAUGUGUUACGUCACGUGGUGUCUUUGUAAAAAUAAAACUCGUCUUGUGGCUGAGAGUGCCGGUCGUAGACAGCACACAGUCACUGUGGGCUUUGCUGCGUAACUCAGUAUUCUGUCUGUGUUGUUUUAUAGCCAAUAAGUGAAGGCGUGGGUGAAUCCAGAGGGAAUGUUAUUGUUGUAUUACAUCCAUAUACGCUACAUUUUGCCAGUGUUUGAUUUUAUGUAGCAGUGACUCUGAGGGUGACGUCAGCUUCGAUCUCAUAUCUGUCCCCACUUUUCUUUUUAUGAUUAUAAACCUUUUGCAUCCUAAGAGUACACAUUUUAUUUUACAGGAAACAUGGGCAAAAAGUUACUGAUUGUUUUCUCUAAGACGAGUGGAAUUUUCUUGCUGUAUGUGUCACAUUUCAGUCCAGUGGUUGUUGUCAUGUGAUAGACGAGCAGUAUAUUUGAAACAACAUAAGGAGAGGAAAAGUUGCAAUAAGUUCUUUUAUAAUAAAGCUACUAGAAUCUGUCAUGUUUGAUCAUGAGACAGUAUUAAUAGGUGGAACAGAAGCCAUAAAGAAAACUGUUUGCUUUGUUUGAGUGUGUGUGACUUGAAAUAAUAAUUCAAUAACUCAGUAUUAAUAAUAUACAAGUGUAAUUAUUUUGUGUUGUUAUCCCGUGGGACUGAGUUUUCAGGAAAUGGCUGCCAUGACACGCAGUUUCUUCUUGUUCUUUAGCCGUUUCUUUGUUUGACAGUAUCUCUAUCAUUCUGUCUCUUAAAGUAUUUCGGUGAUUUUUUUUUUUCUGAGUUUUAACUG